UGCUUAGGGAAUUUUAAACAAAGUGUGUUUUAUAUAAGAGUCUGCAGUGAUUUUUAAACACCAUAAUUAAAACAACAUGUCUUCAUUUUUAACGAAACUUCGUGUAUCAAUCACUCUUUGGAUCUUUUGGGUUUUGCUCUCUAUCAGGAACCUUCACAUUGCAAGAGCUGUUUUCCGCGCCGCUACCAAGCCUACAUCCUCGCAAAAGCUAUGGAUGGUAGCAGAUCCACAGGAAAAAACUUGCAUGUGGGUCUUGGAAGGAGCUGCCUCGCUCAAGCAGGAAGAGCUCUAUGAUCGUAUCAAAAUGGCCGAUGUAGUGCUGGUUUGGGUUCAUGGUGGCGCCAUGGUUUUUGGUUCCGCCGAUCAGAACAUGACACCUUUUAUUAACUGGAUCAAGCUAUUCAAAGAGAAGAAGAGUCUUAAUAUUGUCAUCUGUGGCGUGGAAUACCGCUUGGCACCCGAAAAUCCUGUACCUGCACAAUAUGAGGAUGUAGCGACCGCCUAUACUCAUAUUGUUAAAGACUUGGGUAUUUCAACGACAAAGAUUAUUUUAGGUGGUGACAGUGCGGGUAGCUUGUUGGGCCCUGAAGCUAUUAUAUACUCUAGAGCAUUCAACCAUCUAUUACCAAAUAAUGGAUACCAACUACCAAUACCUGCUGGAUACGUCCUUUCAUCACCAGUUGCCGGAGUCAUGGAUCCCUGCCCCUCCGUGGAAGAAAACAAACACAAAGAUUACAACCCAACAUCUCUGAACUACCUUGCUUCAUAUGUUGCUAAUGCACCAAGCGACUUUCAACCAAAACCAUGGGUAUUGCUCAAUGAUGAUUACAAUCUCAGUGUCAAUGCUGCAAAGCGUGCUCUGGUCUUCGUUGGUGGUCAUGAAACUUCCCGUGAUGAGAAUAUUCUUAUUGCCAAGAGAUUCAGUGACGGUGGUGUCGAUACCACUGUAAUUACGGAACAAUACCCACAUAACUGGUUCUUACUCGGUCCUUCUGUUGUUGACGAACCCAGUGUGAACGAAAAGGCUGACGAAACGUUUGCAAAUUGGGUGAUCGAAAGUAUUACCAGAGACUAAGCUACCAUAUUCCUGAUUUCCUUGCUGUAUUUUACAUUAUUUGUUACUCCAUGCACUACAUUAUUUCCACUCGAACACACUCGCAAUGAGGUGAUGUUCACAUUUUUAUUUUCAAUAAAUCCAAUGUUAAUACCCUCAUCA